CCGCGAGCCAAGCAGUGUUGGCGUGGCCCAGCAUUUAACCAACACUGUGUUUAUUGACCGAGCUCUCAUUGUUGUGCCGUGCGCAGAAGAUGACUAGAGUGGCCCAGGCGUUACAGUACUACACUAGCCUGACACAAGGCUUUGUUUUCCAAGCCACUAAACCCGCUGGGGCCCACGCUGCCUUCAAGGGGGGAUUGUGACCAGGAGCGUAGCUGCUGAACCUUCCAAGAUGGACACCUUGUCUCUUUUUUUUUUUUCUUUUUUUUUUUUUCUUUUCUUUUCUUUUCUUUUCUUUUUUCUUUUCUUUUCUUUUCUCUGACAUUGUCCGUUGUUUGACUUUUAGAAGAGCCUGUUGCAUAUUCAUUGUGUUGUUUUUCCCCAUUUUGUUUUUAUUUUUGUUUUCUGUCUCCAGCCCCCCCUCCCCCCUAUCCAGUUGCACUCUUUUGCGUGUCUCUCAGUGCUGUCCAGGUUGGCGUCCAGUAAUGAAGGGGGAUUGAACGUGAUGCAGCCAACAUGAACGGUUGUCUUGUGUUGCACACCCUUUCCAACACUGCGACACGAUCGCCCCAGGGAGAAAAGCGUCCAUGCUUGAUAUCGUAUGGUUCAUGACCAUUAUGUUUCCAGUACAGGAAAGAUCCCUGAGGAGGCCAAGGCUCUGUCUCUCCUGGCACCUGCUGCCCCAGUGGCUACCCUGAUGCCCGGUGGAGGACUUCUGCCAAUUCCAAGCCCUGUUCAACUCCAGAAUCUGGGGCUGCCGCUGCCCGCGCGGGGCCCGCAGCCACCUAGCCGGGACACCUCCGUGGCGGCAGUAAGUGCCACUCCCCCACAGCCCCCCAUCAUGGGCAACGUGGACCCUUCCAAAAUUGACGAGAUCCGGAGGACUGUCUACGUUGGCAACCUGAACUCUCAGACCACCACAGCCGAGCAGCUGAUGGAGUUCUUCAAGCAGGUAGGCGAGGUGAAGUUCGUACGGAUGGCAGGUGAUGAGACGCAGCCCACGCGUUUCGCCUUUGUGGAGUUCGCCAACCAGGAGUCUGUGGCUCGAGCGCUGGCCUUCAACGGCGUCAUGUUUGGGGACAGGGCCUUGAAGAUCAACCAUUCGAACAAUGCCAUAGUGAAACCUCCUGAGCUGACCCCUCAGGCUGCAGCCAAAGAGCUGGAGGAUGUGAUGAAGAGAGUUCGAGAGGCUCAGUCCACCAUUGCUGCAGCUAUUGAGCCAGGGGAGAGCAAGAGCAAGCGCUCUUCCAGCAAAUCCAGGCACUCCAGGAGGUCUCGGUCCAGCUCGCGCUCGCGCUCCCACUCACGCCGGAAACGCUCGCACUCUAGACACCGGGGCCGGUUGUCGGGAAGGUCGCGGCAGCGGACAAGCGACUCUCGCAGCUCACACAAGAAACGUUCACGCUCCAGGGAGAGGAGACACAGCCGUACGCGGUCACGCUCCAGGGACAGGCGAAAAGAGAGGGAUGGGAAGAUGAGGAGGAGAGAUGAGGAUGACAGGAGAAGAGAGAAAAAAGGGAGAACGCCCCUCAAAGGCUACGGCCGUUCUCCGAGAUCGCGCAGCACCAGCAGGUCAGCAGGAGCCAUGCUGCCAAAAGCCACCCGGGGACAUAGAAAGAGAAGCAGAAGUCGGUCCAGAACACCGAGGAGGAAAGCGAGGUCUGCCUCACCAAAGAGAGGCAGGAAGGAGAGAAGGCGAGCACGUACGCGGGACAGCAGCAAGGAGUGGAGGGAUAGCUCCGCUUCCAGGAGGCGGAGCACCAGAGACUCGGACCAGCGGGAGCGCAAGGCCAAGACCACCCAGCAGGGGAAAGCGUAUGAGCAGCAGGAGCCGGGCUACGAGAGCAAUGGCGAGGUCUCCAGUUGUGGUGCUAGUGAAGACCUGUCUCCCCAUGCCCACCUCAACGGCAGCUACAGCAGCACGCACGGAGAGGAGGAGGAGUGACUGUGCCCAACCCCAGAUCAAGCUGAUCCAACAGCUGCUGGGACUCUUUUCUGCAUCAUUGUGGCAGGGAUUGGGGGUGGUCGAUCUUAACACUUUGUCAACUGGAGUUAAAGAAGUGUAAUGUAUGUUACAUUUCUAGGUUGCCCCUCAAAGGUGUUUUUUUUUUUUGUUGUUGUUGUUGUUUUUUGUUUGUUUGUUUGUUUGUUUUUGUUUCUUUUCUUUUCUUCAGCUUCUAUUGGUUAUGCAGCAAUAUUCCGUACCAGAAUAUUUUACAAGGCAUUUUCUGUGGCCAUCAGUCUCCUGCUGGUCAUAUGUUUAUAAGGAAUAUGGACCUGAUGAAGAAUAGCUUUUGGACAGAUCCUUGUGUGAAAGCUAUAUUGGAAAGAUGCACCUGUAUGUAGUUAUGUAUGUAUUGUUUCUAUUUCAUAUAUAUAUACAUUUCUUUUUAUAUCUUUAAGAAACACUUUCUUCAAGAUACAGUUUGACCCUCACAACAAUGGGACUUCAAGGGAAAUAUGUGAAAAACACACAUAGCAUGUAAAAAGUGCCUGGAAAAAGAUGGUUACUACAAAAAAUGUUAAAGUAUAAUUAUGGAAAAGAAAUAUAUAUCUAAUCCAUUUGUCUAAAAAAGUCACUAAAAACCUUGUAAGUGCUCAGUUUUUAGUUGUAUUUUUAAAAAAAUAUUUUUGUGUAAACUAACGAGUAGGCAUAAGAUGUAUGGUACAUUUCCUUAUAUUUCUGUACAAAAAGUGUUAGUUAUUGAGCUGUAUCAUCACAUUUAAAGUAGUGUGGUAUUUUAAUUUUUAUAUAUGAUGAACUAUAUGCAAAUCUUUUAAUGCAGUGUCUCAAAAGCUACAUUGAUUGAUUAGUGAAGACUUACUGUAAACUUCUGAAAUGUUUGGGUUGAUGGAUUGUCUCAUUUAAGUUAGUGAACAUUAGACACUUCUGAAUGUUAUUUAUUUUUUUCUAUUACCAUUUUUGUUAGAUUUUGUGAUUUGGUUAAACAUGCGUGUAUGACGGUGGGAACUAACAUUAAAAUCUCUUGAACUGAAUUACA